AUGAGUUGGGCCAAGUUUGGGAUACAAUCCCAAGAAAGACAGGGACAAGGAUUCCCCGAAUAUUCAUAUCGGAAACCAGAACAAGGAUGGGAAGCCGGAACUAGAAUGGUAUCGUCAUACUCGGCCCCUGACCUCCCCGUUGUCAUCUGUACUGGAGAUGCGAUGUAUGCCAUGUGUAUAGGGAGCAAAACAAGGGCUUGGUUUAUCUUUGGGUCUUCACCUCUAUGA